UGCAAUGAGCCGCGCGGGUACAUUUACUAGUAGAGAGAAAAUACAAAGCCAGAAGAAGUAACCCAAGAACAGGAAAGCAAAUUGCUUUGGAAAAAAAUUGAAAUCCAUUCUUGAAAGUUGAAAAUUACCAAUCCAUUUCCAUGGCCACCGCCGGCAAAAAGAGAGGAAGGAAAAAGAAGAAGAAGAAUAUAAUGAUGACCAAAAAGAUGAACAAACUAACCAAGAAAUUCAAAGCCACCCUUCAACUCCGCCACCAACACUGCACCAAACUCAUUCCUCAGCUCAUCUCCGCCAUCUCCUCCGCCCACUCUUUCCUCCUCCGCCAUGACCUCAGCCUCCUCCCCCACCAAUCCCUUUCCCUCGAAUCCCUCAUCUCCUCCACCUCUACCUCCAUUUCGACCAUCUUCUCACUCCUCAACCUCCCCCCUCCUCCCCCACCACCCUCACGCGCCACCCUAGCUUCUCCACCAACCGACCCAACUUCGCCACGCGCCGCCGAGUGCUGGUUCCAGCGAUUUCUGGCGGCUGAUUCGGACACCCUUUGGGCCGAAAAUUUCAAUAUCACGAAGCCCUCUUUCACUCUCCUGCUCCGCCUUCUCACGCCUUCUCUUUCCUCACUCUCUGUUCCUCCCAAUUACGCCCUUGCUGCUGCCCUCUUUCGCCUCGCUCACGGUGCUUCCUUUUCUGCUAUUUCACGUCGAUUUGGUAUUGAUUCCCCUACCGCGUGUCGGGUUUUUUACACUGUGUGCAGAGCUAUCAAUGAGAAUCUUGGGCACUUGUUUGAGCUAAAGAACGAUAUCAAUAGGGUCAUUGUGGGGUUUGGUUGGAUUUCUUUGCCUAAUUGUUGUGGUGUUUUGGGGUGUGAAAAGUUUGAAUUGGAUGGUGAUUUUAUGGAUAAAAAUGGGUUCUUGAUUGUUCAAGCUUUGGUAGAUUCUGAAGGUAGAUUC